AUGGAGAACAAGCUUUGCAGCGUUUGCAACUGUUCUCUCAAUUGCUAUAAGGAGCACAAAAGCUCUUGUGUACAAUUGCAUAAGAACUCUCCGGUGAAGCUGCCGGGCCCAGAGGUGCCCUUGGUACCCCUUGACCUGGGUGAUGAUUGCUCCGACUACAUCCCUACUCGACUUCUUGAAAAGCUUCGAACAUCAGAACGCCUAAAGGAGCUCCUCUCAAAUCGACAUUUGCGAGACUAUCUGGUUGAUCUCGACAGUUCUCGACAUCCUGCAAAAGCUGUUGAAAAAGCCAUGAAAGAACCCAUCUUCGUGGAAUUUGCUGAUGAAUGUCUCCGACUCAUCAACGAGGAAGAUAUAAGAUAA